GACUUUAGUUCCGGACCCAUUUGUCCCUUCGGUAUUUUCUUCCCAGUCUGAAUCCGAGCUGUCAGAUGUUAUGAAAUGGGCAAAAGGCCGGGUCAGGACAUACCUUGAGAAGAAGUGUGAGGCUUUCGUUUAAUAAUAUCGUACCUCGCAUGGCGACACAAACCGCUUAAAGAUGCACUCUCAGAUGGUAUGUAGCGGCACAGCGGCGGCCGUCGCUGCGAGGAGGAUGCGGAACAUUUUUGGUUCCGUCCUGGGAAAAGACGGCUGGAUGUGGAGAACUCAUGAGGUCAAACUUCUCAACACAUCCGCAGGUGGUACUGUAAAAAUUGGAGAGAUCACUUAUAAACUCAAAACACCCAAAAGUCCGGAGCUGGUUCCUGUGAAACACAUUUCAGACUCCCUGCCGCAGACAGUGAUUCAGCACCUACGAUGGAUUAUGCAGAAAGACCUUUUGGGCCAGGACGUUUUUCUCAUCGGUCCCCCAGGACCCCUGAGACGAUCUAUAGCUAUGCAGUACCUUGAGUUGACAAAAAGGGAAGUGGAGUAUGUGGCUCUGUCCAGAGACACCACAGAGACUGACCUGAAGCAGAGGAGAGAGAUCCGAUCAGGAACGGCCUUCUACAUAGACCAGUGCGCCGUAAGGGCAGCGACACAUGGCCGAGUCCUGGUCCUGGAGGGGUUGGAGAAGGCAGAGAGAAAUGUCUUGCCUGUCCUCAACAACCUGCUUGAGAACAGAGAGAUGCAGCUGGAAGACGGACGCUUCCUGAUGUCGGCGGAGCGUUACGACAAACUGCUGCAGGAUCACACUAAAGAGGAGAUGGACAGCUGGAAGAUCGUCCGUGUGAGCGAGGACUUUCGGGUCAUCGCUCUCGGUCUUCCUGUUCCUAAAUACAAGGGCAACCCGCUGGAUCCUCCUCUACGCUCCCGCUUCCAGGCCAGAGACAUCUACUACCUACCGUUCAAGGACCAGUUGGAGUUGUUGUACACAGCAGGACCAAAUAUUGCUGCAGAAAGGGUGUCCCAGCUGCUGUCGCUAGCGACGACUCUGUGCUCCCAGGAAUCAUCCAACAUGGGCCUACCUGACUUCCCUGUGGACAACCUGCUCCCUGCCCUUCACGUCCUGAAUGCUUUCCCCAUGUUGUCCUCACAGCAGCUAGUCCAGAGACUGUACCCCUACGACAGCAUCUUAGGGAAGGAUGGGCGCAAGGCGGUGGAGGGAGUACUAAGUCGGUUUGAGCUUCUGGAUGGUCGUCAUCAGCCAGCACCCAAUGCCAUCUUGAGCGUGUCCGCAACGAAGGAUCUCGGGGGCCAGGCAGAUGUCACAUUACGGGUCGCAGACAAGGAUGUCACCUUUCAGGUCCCAGCAGGUGCCAAGGAGCUGCGUCCGCCCAACAGCAGCCCUGCCUUCAUUAAUACGCCCAGCCACUCCAGGCUGAUGGCUGAGAUGAUGCAGUCACACAUGGUUAAGGACAUCUGUUUAAUCGGAGCCAAGGGUUGUGGCAAGUCGGUGAUUGCGAGAGAGUUUGCUGAGAUCCUGGGUUACAGCGUAGAGCCGGUCAUGCUCUACCAGGACAUGACUGCCAGAGACCUUCUCCAGCAGAGGUACACUCUCCCAAAUGGAGACACGGCGUGGAGGCCGUCUCCGCUCGUCUCUGCUGCCAUUGAGGGCAAGCUGCUGCUCCUGGAUGGCAUCCACAGGGUCAACCUGGGAACCCUGGCUGUACUGUCAAGGUUGCUCCAUGACAGGGAGCUGGAUCUGUAUGAUGGAACCAGGCUGCUCAGAUGGGACAGAUACCAGACGCUGAAAGAAGAACUGCAGUUUAGUGACGAGCAACUGCAAGAGAGAUCAAUCUUCCCCAUCCAUCCAUCGUUCAGAGUGCUGGCUCUGGCCGAGCCCCCCGUUGUGGGCAGCGGUGCAAGCAGCAGCAGAGGUCAGCAGUGGCUGGGCCCAGAGCUGCUCACUAUGUUCCUCUACCACACUGUCACACCGCUGGCCAGAGCAGAGGAGAUGGACCUCAUACAAGGGCUGACUCCUAACGUUUCCUCUGAAGCAGCAGAGCAGCUAUUACAUCUCACACACAGUCUCCGCCAGACCAACGACCCCACGGCGCAGUCUCUGGCCUCGUCUCUAUCCACCAGACAGCUGUUGAGGAUCUGUCGGCGUCUCUCUCAGUACCCUGAGGAGAGCAUCGCCCGAGCCGUCAAUAAGGCCUGCCUCUCCAGGUUCCUACCCAGCCUGGCCCGGGCAUCUCUUGACAAAAACCUCGCCAACUGCUCUAUACAGGACACGCAGGAUCCCUCUCAGUACACUCUUGAUUAUCGCUGUAUGGUAAAGGAUGGGGUGUUGACUAUUGGCAACGUGUCCACUCCCAUCUACAAACCCAGUGAGAAAAUGAAGAUUCCAGACGUUCUCUUCUAUGAUAAUCCACAGCACAUGAUGGUGAUGGAGGACAUGUUGAAAGACUUCUUAUUAGGAGAGCACCUCCUCUUGGUGGGCAACCAGGGCGUUGGUAAAAAUAAAAUAGUGGACCGGUUCCUGCACCUGCUCAACAGACCCAGAGAAUACCUGCAGCUUCACAGGGAUACGACAGUCCAGACUCUGACCCUGCAACCUUCAGUGAGAGAUGGCAUCAUUAUGUAUGAGGACUCACCUCUGGUGAAGGCGGUGAAGCAUGGUCACAUCUUGGUGAUAGAUGAGGCUGACAAAGCUCCCACUAACGUCACCUGCAUCCUCAAAACCCUGGUGGAGAGCGGAGAGAUGAUCCUGGCCGACGGACGCAGAAUCAUCUCAGAUCCACGCGAAGCCAAGGGACGGCCCAACACCAUAAUCAUGCACCCAGACUUCAGGAUGCUUGUCCUGGCUAACCGACCUGGAUUUCCGUUCCUGGGCAAUGACUUCUUUGGAGCUCUAGGGGAUAUUUUUAGCUGCCAUGCUGUGGACAAUCCGAAACCUCAAGCAGAGCUGGCGAUGUUAAAACAGUACGGACCCGAUGUUCCCGACGCCACUCUGCAAAAACUGGUGGCUGCCUUCGGAGAGCUAAGGUCCAUGGCGGACCAGGGCACCAUCACCUACCCAUACUCUACACGAGAGGUGGUCAACAUUGUUAAACACCUCCAGAAAUUUCCCAACGAGGGUUUGGCCAACGUGGUGCGAAACGUCUUCGACUUUGACUCGUACAACAAGGACAUGCGGGAUGUUCUGAUCGAGGCCCUGCACAAGCACGGGAUUCCCAUUGGAGCCAAGCCCAGCUCUGUGAAACUGGCUAAGGAGUUACCGCUGCCGGAGGUCAAGAUGACUGGGUACUGGACCCUAAAUCAGGGGGGCAACGCUCGCCGCAAACUGCUGUGUCCCACUGAAACACGCCCCAUCGACAUCAAGGGCCCCGUCUUUCUGCGUGUCCAGAGUUACCCCUGCAACAGACAGGAAAGCAGGGCCUUGAGCUUCAGCGAGGAGAAAGCCCACUGGCAGCUUCCCAUGAAUGAAGUCAACAUCAUCUGCGACGUCACCACCAAAGAUGAUGCGCUGUACGUGGCCACCUGUAACCCGGUGUCCCUGUACGCCAUGAAGGAGCGUGGCGAGAGCAUUCAGUGCAUGGAGCUGUACGACGUCUUCCCCAGGACCAUCAGCGGCGUGUGGCAGCCAUUUGUCACUGUCGCUCCACUGGGGAGCCCUCUGGAUGGACAGGUGGUGCUGCACGAGGAACAGAGUAACACAGUGCUCCAUCUUGACAUGGUAACGGGUGCUGUGCGGAGGCUCUUGUUGUCUUCAGACGGCGAUCAGCCUCCUACCAAAUCCUCCAACUGGUGGAGCAGCAAGGAACAACAGGGAGGACAUAAGAUGUGCUGCGACUUUUCCCACAAGAACUGGCUCCUCUUCUAUAAGGAGGAUGGAAAUCAGCUAGAGGUGCUGGAUGUGUUGGAGGGCCGGGUUCACUCCAUCUCCCUUCCCAUCAACCUGAAGUCGGUCUUCCUGGUUGCAGAGGACCGCUGGCUGCUGCUGGAGAGCAACACUAACAAGAAGUUCCUGCUCACCAAGCCUAUGCAUAUGGCAGCUGAAGACUCGGGAGUGUGUCAGCUUCACAGCAUCAGCGAGGAUCCAGUCAGCUCAGGCCAUGGAGCCAGCUCAGCUGAGGUGUCCACUCCCCAGAUGCUGUCAUGCGAGCAGCUGCCCAACGAGAACCUGAGUGCCGCGCUGGACCAGAAGAUCGUUUCCCCUAACCGUGUUCUGGCCGACACCGGCUCCUUUGCUCAGGUGGUUGUGGGCUUCCCAGACCUCAUGUCCCCUAACGAGGUGUAUAGCUUCAAGAGGCCUGUCGAUUUGUCGACGAUGAAGAGCAGUGACACCGGGGCUCACUCCUUCUUUAGAGCUGGGCUUCGGAGCACCACAGCCAAACGCGAGAAUUGCGUCGGCUUGCUCUCGGCCAAUCAGGUUGUCCGAGCCCUCCCGCCCGGCAAGGUGCCCCUGAAAGAGGUCUACCCCAAAGACGUCACUCCUCCGAUGACAGCGGCGUACCUGGAGGUGACUGAUUUGAACUCCAAAAAACUUAAAUAUAUUCCUGUCCCAAGGUCAAUGAGUGUGUCGCCUUACACCAGCUGGUUGUCUAAGCUGUCAGAGUCUGAUGUGCUGAUGGCUGCUCUUGGUUCCGGGGGCGUGGUCACGGUGGACAUGGGCGGGUACGUUCGGCUCUGGGAGACAGGGAUGGACUCCCUGCAGCGCUCACUGAUGGAAUGGAGGAAUAUGAUUGGUGCAGAGGACGGCAGACCGGUACAGAUCACCAUCCAGAGGGACAGUGGACUGGAUGUCAGCGCCCCAAAACACGGGAAGAUCGACCCCAACAAUGCUCCUCACAUCGGGGGAAACCAGUGGGCAGGAGGCACAGGUGGCAGAGACACUGCAGGUCUGGGUGGGAAAGGGGGUCCCUAUCGCCUGGAUGCGGGGCACAAAGUCUACCAGGUCUCCCAGGCUGAGAAAGAUGCUGUUCCCGAGGAGGUCCGCAGGGCUGCUCGCGAAAUGGGUGAAAAGGCCUUCAAAGAGAGGUUGAAGGAGAUCGAUAUGAGCGAGUAUGAUGCUUCUACAUACGAGCGCUUCUCCAAAGCCGUAAGGAGACAGGUUCAGUCGUUGCGCAUCAUCCUGGACAGCUUACAGGCUAAAGGGAAGGAGCGGCAGUGGUUGAAGAACCAGGCUCUGGGAGAACUGGAUGACGCUAAAAUCAUCGAUGGACUAACUGGAGAGAAAGCUAUAUAUAAACGCAGGGGAGAGCUGGACCCAGAGCUUGGCAGUCCUCAGCAGAAGCCCAAGCGUUUACGGGUGUUGGCUGACGUAUCAGGCAGCAUGUACCGUUUCAACGGUGUGGACGGUAGGCUGGAGCGCUCCAUGGAGGCUGUGUGUAUGGUCAUGGAGGCUCUGGAAAGCUAUGAGCAUAAGUUCAAGUAUGACAUCGUCGGCCACUCAGGCGAUGGCUACGACAUCGAGCUGGUCCGAGCGGACAAAGUCCCCAAGAAUGACAAACAGAGACUCAAAGUCCUCAAGACCAUGCACGCCCACUCCCAGUUCUGCAUGAGUGGCGACUACACUCUGGAGGGCACCGAGGCCAGCAUCAAGGAGCUUGCUCGAGAAGAGGCAGACGAGCACUUCGUGGUGGUUCUGAGUGACGCAAACCUGGAGCGAUACGGCAUACGGCCCGAGCGCUUCGCCCAGGUCUUGACUUCUGACCCGCAGGUCAACGCCUUCGCCAUCUUCAUCGGCUCCCUUGGCGACCAGGCUGAAAGGCUCCAAAGGACGCUUCCAGCGGGGAGAUCGUUCGUUGCCAUGGACACCAAGCAGAUCCCCCAAAUACUGCAGCAGAUCUUCACAUCCACAAUGCUGUCCAGCGCCUGACACAGUAGUAACAUACUGUACACCCACACCUUAUCUCCCACAGUUGGCUUGUCAGGCUUUGGCAGAGACUUAUCACACCGUGACCUUAACCCACUAUUCUGUAUCAGAUCAUAUAACUUCAUCAGAGCUGGAGACUCACCUUCAGGCCUGAAGGAGAAAGAUAAUCAUAUUUAUUCUGUGACUGAAACCUUUGUGAAAGUGUGACACAGUCAGAUAACAUUUAGCUGCUUUGUAGCGUCCCUCUGGGAAUAAGUACUGGACCGUAGCAUCUACAACAGCCCUGUGAUCUUGUGCUGUUAUGACAUCACGAACGCCUGGAUGCCCCAUGUGGGGAUCAGAUGCCGGACUAAACUUCUAUUGUUGUUGUUGUUUUUGUGGUUUUUGGCCGAAGGCAAUGCUGACGCACGUACUCCCUGACAUGUCCUGUCUUGGAUUGUGGGGGGGAAGGGUCACAAACUUGACCUAACCCCACUUUUCCUUUACUUUUUUUGGAUUUCCUCCUCGUUUAUCCACACAUACAGGAACAGGGUGACAGUAACACGCCACCUGACCCACGCUUGGAUGUGUGGAGCGGCAGUAACUCGGUUCCUUUGGAAUGCUAGGACUGUGACCAGGGAAUUUCCCACCUGACUGCACACGCUCUUUAAAGGCUGCUGCUGUUGCACAACCCCCUGCAGUUAGUGUGUGCGCUGUCUUACAGCAUCCAUGUCAACAACCAGCCCUUUCCUUCCUGACUGCUGGACCUUGUGACGCCCCCGUGUGCUCUCCAGUCCUGCAAAGAAUCUCAGAUCUCGCCUUUCAUUGCUGGACCUCCCACUCCUCCUCCUUCUCAAACACCUCGGCUACUGCCGAGCAAAUUAGCAAAAAUAAAAACUUCACUGAGUCACAGCAGUGCUUUUAGAAUAAGCUCUAGUUUAAUGCUCUCACAGGUCACAGCUCCACGUGCAGCAAAUACCAGAUCAAUGUCUUGUUGUAGUUAGUGUUCAUGCCUCACUGUGCUGACUGAUGGGAUCAAUAGAAACAGCUGUUCCAGUUAUCAGUCUCCAUUGACUCUCUGAUAGGGAUUGUCCCUGUUUUUAUUAAUCAACUAUAAUCUCCCUCUGACCUUCUGCCACGUUUCUUCUCUUGCUCUGUCCAUCACAAGUGAAACACUUUAAUGUUGAAGCAUCAUUUAUGUCUGUUAAAUUCACAUAUACAUCCUAAAUAGAGCUAUUUAAUUUUACAAUGUUAUUAAUUUAUGGGUGAAAAACUGUUAAUAUACAACAUCUGAAUAAAUCAUUGCUCAUUUGAUUGAUGCAUUCUUCACGUAUACUGUUUAGAGGCUGUGAAUGGGACAUUCUGCUCUGUCCUUGUUGCCCACGUUUUUGUUUUUUUGCAGACAUUCCAGCAUGUGUGGUUUUACUAAAGUGAUAUUGCUUCACUUCAAGUAAGGCUGAAGUUUUAACCUCAUGAUUUUUCUUUCCCUUUCCAAGCACCUUUGAAUUAAACUUAGUUUAAAGACCUGCGUCUGAACCUAUGUAGAGCCUGCGAUGUGUCAGGCUGCUCCGUUGUUAGCAUUUAUAUUUGUGCCCCUUUGUUCUGUAUUUAUGCUACAACUCUUUUCUGCAUAAAAUGACUCAAAACAUCAGCUGAAUUUCUCACAAGUCAGAAAGUCGACAAAGAGAGCUCAAUCAAACACAUGAAACUGAAUAGGGAGUUUCAUCAGGAAGUGGCACGUCCGUCUGGCUUCCAUGGCCCUCCAGGCCCUAUUUAGUAAUUCAAGUAAAAGUGAAACAAUUUGUCCUCCUGCUUGUUUUUCAAAGGCUUCAGUUGUGACUGGUGACAUUGGUCUGGCAUCCAGAUUAAUGCAGAACCAUUAAUCCAGCUUCAGUUUGAAGUUGCACCAGAAACUUAACUCCACAGGUAAACUUAAUCCACUGACUUCUUAAACUAGUUUGAACAUUUGAAACCACACUGGACUGUAUUAAAACGAAAAGUCUACAGUGAAAAGUCAUUUUCAGGAGCUGUAAACUGACUCCUGAUUCUUGUUGUCUUUCUCCAGUGAAGCAUCAAUUAAUUGUAAUUUUUCAUCAGUUUAUUUUAAAUGGACAAUAUCACAACCAGUGAUUGAGCAACGAUGCAGUUGUAGGUAGCUCAACUGGUGUUUUCCCUGUGUUUCUAUUUAACGCAGGGGCAUAAACAUUACGUGCAUUAUAUGUUAUGUGUUUGUUAUUCUACGAGACACCAGAGGCUUUAAAUUCCUAGAAACCAGAAGGACUUCUUAGAACCACAGAGCAUUCAGCUUCCCUCUCAUUUCCUCAUGGUCACUUUUUCCAUGUGUGAAAGCCCCCCUUCUUUAGAUUUUCCAACUUCCUGUCCUGCAAGUUUUUUUUUAUUAUUUUUUUUUUAUUAUUAUUAUUCUGUUUCCUUUGAUGAUAUCUCUUUGCGAAAAUUGUUUCUCUCUAUUUAACCCAUCCAGUGAUAUACUCAGAGCAGCUGGCCUCCAUGCAUACCCAGGGAGCAGCUUCAGAAAACUCCCUAUUAAUGCAUCUAAAUACAUAUAAAUAAAAAUGUUAGUUUCAUUUUA